UCGCCGCGACGAUACCACAUGGGCCGCCAAAAGCUUGGGAAUCCGUCGCCGCGACGGUAGUUCAAGCGAACGUCGUUCGCUCCGCGGUGCACCGGUCGUCCGUUUCUCGCGUGUUCCGCCUCUUCGUGACAACUCGUCGCCGUCGUGUGAUUGCCCUCGCCGUAAACAAUUGUACACCAUGGCGGUACAGUUCUAGCACAUCGGUUGGCUCGCGUUCGUCGACGAUUUCUAGAUAGAAAAUGCAAUCAGAAUCAUCUUCACUUCAUACUCUCACUACAAAACAAACUAAAAACAAAGAACUAUGGUUGAGAGCAAUCCAUCGAAUACACAGUCAAAAAAGGAGAAAUCUGCAGGUCGAUUUACAAAAUGCAAAUUCCGUUUCAAACAUGACAGUGGAUACAUUUGAUGGUACAGAUUAUAACACCAACAAUACGUCACAAAUUCCAGUUGAGUACACAGAGCCUGUAUUCAAAAAAGGCAGAGUUUACAAAGGCAUUUAUUGUCCAACGCUCACCAACAGUUUCCGAGAACCCAGUCUUGAACUAUCGUAUCAAAGAUACUCACACAGACAACGACAAAAGUCCUUAAUCAUCGUUAAUUUCGUCGACAUGACACUUAAAGCCGUUCUGGCCGGAGUGUGGCUGUUGCCGACUUAUCACGAGCAUCCGUAUCAUAGUCAGAGGGCCAUAUGGACGUGUUUGACCAUGUUCGCCAAUCUCACGGUAUGCCUGCUUGGCUGGUGGAAAUGCUUUGCAAACAAUUAUCUCCAGUGGGCCGCCGUUUUCACUUGGUGUUUCAUCAACGUACAAGGUUUUGUAUGGGAAAGCUACGGACAAGGAUCCAGAGAAUAUCUAGUGUGGUACGUUUUGUUCAUAGUUUUCGUAACUUACGCCAUGUUACCUCUACCGUUGCGAUGGUGCAUACUGGCCGGUUGUUCUACCGCACUACUGCACAUACUCAUAACCAGUUACACAAAGUCGUCGAAAGAAAAAAAUACACUGUGCGUCACCCGUCAGUUGACUGCGAUGAGCUUGUUGUACGCUGCCGUCAACUUUGCCGGGAUGUAUACAAAGUUCCUAACAGAUAGAAGCCAACGAAAAGCAUUUUUGGAAACUCAUAGAUCCACCGAAGCGCGGUUCAAGACUCAAAAGGAAAACGAACAGCAAGAAAAACUCUUACUUUCAGUUUUACCGGACUUUGUGGCUAGAGAAAUAAUUAAGGAUAUUGCUUCUGAAACGGACAAAGGACCUUUCAUGCCAAAUCAAUUUCACAGAAUUUACAUCCAUCGCUAUGAAAACGUUAGCAUUCUCUUUGCGGACAUUAAAGGUUUUACAGAAUGGGCGAGUCGUACUUGUGCACAAGAAUUAGUCAGAGUAUUGAACGACCUAUUUGCUAAUUUUGAUAAACUAGCCGCGGAAAACCACUGUCUUCGUAUCAAGCUUUUGGGCGAUUGUUAUUAUUGUGUAUCAGGUCUUCCUCAAACUAGACAGGACCAUGCCGUAUGUUGCGUAGAAAUGGGCUUACACAUGAUAAACGCUAUUAAAGACGUGCGAAAUAAAUUAAAUGUAGAUCUAAAUAUGCGUAUUGGAAUACAUUCAGGAUCAGUCCUUUGUGGAGUUUUAGGGCUAAGAAAGUGGCAAUUUGACGUAUGGUCUUAUGACGUUACGUUAGCCAAUCAUCUAGAAUCAGGAGGAAUACCUGGACGUGUUCAUAUAUCCAAGGCGACUUUAGAUUGCUUAGAAGAAGCUUACGAUACUGAACCCGGUCAUGGAGAAAAUAGAGAUGCUUAUUUAAGAGAUCACGGCAUUGAAACGUUUUUAAUUAAAGAUCAAGAACCUUGUCGAGGGCAUAGAAAAUUUCAAAAAAUCAACUCUUCGAGACCCCGAUUAUGGUCGGAUGAAAAAUUGAGCUUCAACCCUAAUGCGCAUAAACUAAUAUCGCCAAAAAUAGAGGAUUAUGCCGACGAUAACAAAUGUAACGAAUGGACUCCGGAGAUUCCGUUUAAAAAUCUAAACACGAGUGAUCAAGAAUUGGAAAUCGACGACGGCGAAUGCGGUACUCCGAUAACGAUCGAAGGCGAUGUCGAGCACGCUGAAGACAUAAUGGACCAUUGUAUCGAAGUCGAAAGCAACGAAAGAAUGAGAAACGAAAAUAUUGGCCGAUGGACGUUGAGGUUUAAACAACCGGAAAUCGAAUCAAAAUUUUGUCAGUUACGCGAAGACAUGUUCAAAUCGAACAUGGCGUGUUGUUUUAUCAUUUGGCUGUUCGUCGUGUGUUGUCAGACGAUAAUGUUGCCCCGGUGCAUGAAACUUCUGGUGGCCUUAGCGUUCACCACCGUGGUGCUUUGCGCCGCACUGACGCUUGUCAUGGCCGAAGAGUUCUUGCACUUGCCGUCGGCUUUGCAACGGAUGUCCUCGGUGCUGGUGCAAAACCGAUUCAGAAGAACGAUGUUCAUUUGCGCCGUGGUCGGUCUUAUAUGUUUUUCGUCCACGCUAAGUCUCGUGUUCACGCCGGACGAACACUUGAUACGGAAGAACAAGCCGUCGUCCAAGGGCUACGCGUCGGGCGACGAGCACGACCGGAAAGAUGUGAAACGGCGACCGGAAGACAACGGCGCCGUCGCCAACGACUGCGUGCACCCGGAGUACCUGGUGUUCACGUGGGUGCUGUGCCUGAUAGCGCUGGCCACCACGCUGAAGCUGUACUUCCUGGUGAAAACGUUCCUGGCGUCCGUCAUGGUGGCCGUGUACACGGGGCUCACGUCGCUGGCCUACCCGCAGGUGUUCACGCAGAACGACUCGGACCACCGGACCAUGCCGCUCUCGUCGCAGAUGAUGCUGCUGCUGAUCGUCUUCCUGGUGCUGGUCGCCUACCACGCCCGGCUGGUGGAGGUCACGUCCCGGCUGGACUUCCUGUGGAAACGGGAAGCCGAACGGGAGCUGACCGAGAUGCGGGAGACGCGGACCAACAACCGGCAACUGUUGCGCAACAUACUGCCCGACCACGUGGCCCAUCACUUCUUGUCGUCGUCGCGCCGGCACACCACCGACGAACUGUACUCGCAGUCGAUCGACAAAGUCGGUGUUAUGUUCGCGAGCAUACCAAACUUUACGGAGUUUUAUUCGGAAGACAUAAACAAAGGCAUGGAGUGCAUCAGGUUGCUAAACGAAAUAAUCGCCGACUUCGACGAACUGCUAUCGGAAGCGAAAUUCGGUUCGAUAGAAAAAAUCAAAACCGUUGGUGCAAGUUACAUGGCCGCCUCUGGAUUAAAUCCAAGUAUCAAGGACGGGGAAGACGAGUACAGUCACCUUUGCGCUCUUGUUGACUUCGCAUUGGCCAUGAAACAGUGUUUACAAGAUGUCAAUGUGCAUUCGUUUAAUAACUUUCAACUCAGGGUUGGCAUAAGCUGUGGCGCCUUAGUGGGCGGAGUCAUUGGAGCGCGAAAACCCGUGUACGAUAUAUGGGGAAACACUGUGAACGAGGCGUCCAGAAUGGAUUCUACGGGCACCAUGGGUCGAAUACAAGUGCCAGAGGGUACGGCCAAAAUCUUGAUGGACAGGGGUUACGAAAUGGAAUUCCGGGGCUCAAUCGCGGUCAAAGGCAAAGGAGAGAUGAAAACAUACUUCGUGGUGGGCAAGAAGGGCGCUGUAACGAACAACCUGAGCCGGCAGUCGAGUCAGAUCAGCAGUUUGGCGACCGUCGUCUACGGGAUGGUGCAGGCCAGACGCCGACAAAACACAGUAAAAAAAAGACAUUUCCAUCGUGAGUGCGCUUCUACUAACAACACUAAUAGCUAUUACCGUGAUGUUGCAGGUAACAACAACCUGACGCGCACCAAGUCGCAGUACCACCGCACGCACCCGGGCCGGUUGGUGAACUUCAGCAGCUUCCGCGUGUCCAACCGGCACCAACAACAACAACAGCAACAACAACAACAGCAGCAGCAGCAGCAACCGCAGGCUCGCGGCGGAAUGGUAGCUAGGGCCGUGACGAUGGGCGGCAGCCGUCUGCUGUCCGCGUCCGCUUUCGGCAACUCGCUGCAGCAACCGCGGAACGCCGUAGUCGUCGAAGAGACCGCGCAGCAACGCGACCCGAAGACGGCGUCGGGCGGCAGCGUCAAGCCGGCCACGUUCGCGGAACGACGGAAGUACCGGAAAACGACGGUCGCCGCGAUGGACACGCGCUCGGCCGCAGAGGCCGCGUGCCCGGGCACGACGCUCAGGUACUGCAAGUCCGUGUCGCCCAUAGCCGAAAAGCCGCCGGCGCGACACAGUCCGCCCAGGUCCGUGUCCAUGAACCUUCAGCCGCGAAGCUUCGUCCCGGCGGCGGCGGCCGAUCCGUGCCCGAGGUGAUGACCGGCCGCGGCCACACGACGGCGGCGAUGGCGGCGGCGGGACGACAGGGCGCGUUCCACGGUCACCGUUCUUCUCAUCCUCCUUCGCCCCUCCCGCGCGGUGCGCCGUUCGACGUAACGUCCAAGCGAAGAACGUGAACAAAAUGUGUAGCUCGCACGCGUUCGGCCGAAGCUCUCCGUUCGUUUCCGGUCGUCGUCCCUGUCCGGCCCGCGGGCCGUGAUCGUCGGUGCCGAUGUACAACGUGUCGUGCAGGGUCUCGACAAGUCGAUUUCGAAGGGAACGGGACGCGCGAAGAGUAAUUCGUGUGCUUUACGUUAGACUACAUUCGAAGCUCGGAUCGUGUACAUAGAUAGAACUGUAGUGAGGGGAUCGGCACCCUGCGCGCCUCUUCUGCUCAUGAUCCGCAGCACUUCGGGAUACGCCUGGACGUCGUCGAAUUUUUUCCCCCGCCCGCAUACCGUUGUUACAGCGACACCCGUGGCGUACACGCGACCAAUCCUUCUCUCCUCGGCUUUUACCGCGUUCAGAUAAUUAUUAAAUUCUAAUCUAAUCGCUCUGUACACAUACGUUUUCUAAUUCGCUACUGGCUGCUAGCGGAUUUGAAAAGCAGUAAAGCAUGGAGAGGACGUCGCUUGGUCCUGUGACCUUUUUCAAAAAAAAACCAGUCCGAAGCGACUGGUAUCGUCGAACACUGCUGAGCUAUCACGACUCUACUGCUUGCACACGGUCCUAACCCCGUCGGCGUAUGCGACCACGUGCGCACCCUGCAGGUUUUCGUAAACUUUCUGCCGCAUAUGCACUAUGUACAUUAUUCCGUUUUUGAAAUAUAACAAUUGUAUAAUUUGACGUUUCCCCUAUCCCCUCUUUGUUUUUUCUCAAAUAUAUCAUACGAUAUACCGUGCGCACUAUGUAAAUAAUAUACUUUUUUGUGUCCGCAUUCCAGGAUCAUCGCGGACGACCGUCAACAAUAUAAUUAUCAUAUAUCGUUUGUUAUAUUACUAUUAUUAUUAUGUACUUGAUAUGUGUUCUCGUGUUUUGAUGAUAUUGUGAAAAAAAUCUUAUACAAAUUUAAUGUUUUUUAGAAGUAGUGCGAAAAUUGUUUAGAAAAUUAUGCCAACCAAAAUCUAAUAUUCUCAAUGUUCAUUUAUUUUUUUAAACCUCAAAAUGAACUAAGUUUCCAAAUACUCGUUUAAAUAAUUUUGGAUUUUACUCACGGUUUGAUUAUUUAUAUUAAUAUUAGAUUACCGUCAAAACGAUUUGUAUUUGAAAAUCGCUAAAUUAAUAUAAGUUAAAAUAAUAAUAUGAUCCGAACUUAGUGUAACGCAGUAGUCAACCGAAUCAUUUAUUCGUCAGUUUUACUAUAUUUAACAGCGUUACUGUAUAGUUCUUCCAAGAAUGAGCACCCGAAAAUUUAACAACGAUGCCAAUUUGUCACCACACUUCCUACCGACAAUUGUUGGUUGAAUCAUAUAAAAAAAAACAUGAAACUAUUGGGCUGUGAUGGCUUAAACCGAAAAACAAUCAAAUUAUUCUUUUCGUCCGUAUAAUUAUUGAUAAUGAUUAUUAUUAGUAUAUAUAAAACGGAAUUAUUAUAAUCUGUUCCGAUCAAAUCAUUUAAAUUUAAAAACUAAAUAAUUUUAAUACUAAUGCACAAAGUUUUAAUAACUCGUGUUAUAUUUUCACAUAGGUUAGUCUUUCAACUUAAUAAUAUUUUUUAUACAAAUCGAUGAUGUCGCGUAUGGCGUAUGCCAUUUAAAAGAAUAUUAUUAUAUCGUUACGUGCAAUGCACGGUUAAAAUUAGAGACCGCUUUGAACUGUUCUAUACACUUCGAAACGUUUCACAAAUCGUGUACAAAUCAUAAUUAUUUAUUUCGCGCACAUCAUAUUUUAUCGAAAACAAAUACUUUCCCGUAAUUCGAAUUAUUUUUAUUAUCAAAUAUUAUUUUACUUGACUAACGUGAGUUGUUUAACAUAUAGUUACUAAUAUCGACGCACAGUGCAGUACGAAAACGAUGAACUUUAUGAUAAAUGCGUUAGCACGAGGCUCUCGUGAAACAUACUACGUUUCAUAAAGUACCAUAUAAUUCACUUGCACGCCGGGACGUCUGUUCCAAACAUUUUGAGAUUUAGGUGGGAAAAAUCGUAGCAUUAUCGUGUGCACGAUAUCUGCAUCUCACGUCCCCGACCCGCUCACGGAGGCCAAACAAAUAGCUCGAAGCAAUGGUCUUGCUAAAUUUCAGUGCGCAGUGUGCACACGACUGUUAUUUUCACGUGUGCGGCGAUUCGAUAGUAUAUCGUCAAUGGCGAAUCACAAUGGCGUUGAAAAUAAUAACCUAACAUAACCCUACAGCGAACGAACAAAAAAAUACUUUGUAUUUUUCGAGUGUACGUAUAUUUGGCUAACCGCUUUCGCCCAUAAAAUAUUUACACGCAAUUGUCGGAUAUUCCCACUGGACGUGCGAGUCGGACUUGCGUAGCGUGUUUCAUCGGAAUUGCUUCGGAAACGAUAAGAGAAUUCCGAAAAUCAUUUCUCGUCCAAAGCACAACAACCGGCCCCUGAUCGGUUGGUCGAAUUUUAACAUAAAUCAUUUCAACGCAACAUGUUUAAAACGGACCCCUAAUACCACCGGAAAUUUAUUUUGACCGGAAAACUUAUUCUGUACGCUGUCAGUGCAAUUAUAGAUCGUAGUAAUAAUCUCGUGAUGUACCUACCGGGUAUGCCGGACACUUGUCUUAAACGGACACUUCCCGAUUCCCCGUUUCGGACGCAGUUUCCCAUCAAAAAUUGAAAAUCCCAGCCUUAUUCUGUAUAAUUUUUGUAAUAGAACUUUCGUUGUUCACGUUUAGCUGCUGAAUCGAAUACAUUAUUUUUCUUAGAAAUAAAAUCAUCUAAGGCUAUAUGAACAUAACACGUUGAGAUACUUACCUAUUUGUAAAUACACGGUGUCUGUUACGUUAUUGCAUGUAUCUUACUACAUGAUGUAUUGUACUCGACCUCGUGUCACUUUCGACCGUCACACUCAACACACAUACAGCCUCUAUAUUUUCUCUAUAUUUAUAAUAUAUUCAAUUAUUUUCACGUGUACUUGUAUGUUUAUAAAAUGUCUAUGAUACCAUAUACGUAAGACUUAUCAUAUACAAAUAUAUUUAUUAUCAUUAAACUUGCAUAUUUUUACCAUGUUAUAUCGAGAUGGUAUUAUAUUUAAAUCUAUUUAAUAUUUCACUAUUAUUCCGUUAAUUACGUGUACUAUGUUUCUAUUAUUGUAAGAUGAAUAUUAUAUAAAAUAAACUGUUUAUUACGAUGUAAAGUCAUUUGAAAUUCCAACAGACCUCAGCGUUGUACCGUUUGCACCAGUUAUGUACUCAAGCGCGCGGUACGGUAAUAAGCGGAAACCACAUCAACAUUCGAAGUCUUGUACCAGUUCUUUCGAACAUAACGGUUUGAUAUCAUUAUUAAUGCCGUUCAAAUGUCUGAACGUCCAUCUGACGGGCUUUUGAUGUUUCCUAUUUCAUUUUAAUUCAGAAAC